CUCAUGUGUUGCAUUAAAGACGCGCAGAUGAUUCUUAAGUUUCUGAACAAGUAACGGAACCGGUCAGUUGCCAAAAAAAUGUUUUGUCGAAACCCGUUAGGAUUCUAGGAAUGUGAUAGGGCGGAAAAUAUGAUUCAAUUGUUGUAGUGUUUCAGAAGAGGUAUAGAAGUUAAUGCCGAGGGGAAAACAGGUUUUAUUUUACUGUGCGUCAUGAUUCCGGACUUCAGGCCGCCGCCGAGUGACAGUCAAAAAGCCGCAGCGUUUACCCCGUUACCCUCGAUGCAACUUCACUGCAGUUGAAUGGAGGCGGACCGACACUUUUAACUGAAGAGAUGAAUUACGGCGUCCCGGCUAACUCGCUGUUACUUUUCCGUGCCUGCGAUGAGGGGGACUACGAAACCGCCCGGGGGAUCCUGGAGCCCGGCGCCCCGAAAGAAUCCGGACGGCAGAGCAGGCUGCGGUCAGAGGCGGGGUCGGAGUACACCACCGCGGUCACGUUGUCUCUGGUACCGGUGGACUCCACGGACGAGGAGGGGAACACCGCCUUACAGUUCGCUUCGGCCAGUGGUCACGAGAACCUGGUCCGGUUUUUGUUACGGAAGGGUACGUCGGUGGAUAGCCGCAACAACUACGGCUGGACCCCGCUGAUGCAGGCUGCGAGGUUUGGUCACCUGAAUGUUGCCCACAUCCUGUUGGAGAACGGGGCAGAGAUCAAUGGGCGCAACAGGCUGGGUGCGAGUGUUCUCACUAUGGCGGCCCGAGGGGGACACACUCAUGUAGUGAAGCUUCUCCUGGAGAGCGGGGCCUACGUCGACGACUACGAUCAUCUGGCCGUGGCUGCAGAGGCGGUCUCAAGCGGCAACAACAACAACAACAACAGCUGCAGCGCGGCUGGUUUUGGUGGAGGUGAAGGCUGUCUAGGAGGUGGCGGGAGAGAAUUCAUGGACAUCACAGCCCUGAUGGUGGCGUCUCAGCAUGGCCAUGAGGCCUCGGUGCGUCUGCUGCUGGAGUGGGGCUCUGAUGUCAACUUUUCCCAGAAGACCACUGGCUGGGGACCACUGAUGAUAGCCACCCUCAGUGGAAAGGUGGCCGUGGCUCAGCAGCUGGUGGAGCGCGGAGCUGACCCGGACCGGGUUAAUGUUCUGUCCAAGACGGCCUUUGAACUAGCCAUGCAGCUUAAACAGAGAGACAUCAAGGCCUUUUUGGACUCCAUCACCACCAUCCGACCGCAGACCGACGAUGAAAAGAGACGACCAGACGUGUUCAGUGCACUCAAGUUAGGAAACUCCCAGCUAGUCAAGGAGAUCUUGGAGGAAGAUCCCACUCAGGUGAAUUCGUCCAAUCAGGAGGGAGCGUCACCUCUCAUGAUAGCGGCGGUGAGCGGUCAGCUGGAAGUGGUGCAGCUGAUGGUCGAGAAGAAGGCCGACAUUGACAAGCAAGACGGCGUCCACGGGUGGACCGCUCUGAUGCAGGCCACCUAUCAUGGUAAUAAAGACAUUGUCAAGUACCUGUUGAGUCAAGGAGCUGACGUCAACCUUCGAGCUAAGAACGGAUACACAGCAUUUGAUUUGGUGAUGUUGCUGAACGACCCAGACACAGAGUUGGUGCGCCUGUUGGCAUCGGUGUGUAUGCAAGUAGACAAGGACAAGUCCAAGCAUCGAACCUUGCUGACUCGCUCUAAAAGCAGACAGUCGCUCAACAACGUCCCGGUUCCCCCCGACGACAAGGGAGGCCUUAAGUCCUGGUGGAGCCGGAUGUCCAAUCGGUUCAGACGGCUGAAGUUGACUCACACCCUGAGACACGGCCUUUCGUCCAACCGCUUGGCGCCGUUUCCCGACGAUGCUGACGCCUCACUGGAUGCCACAAUGAAGGCGAACAAGAAGCCUGUGUCUGCCGUGUCCAAUGGAGCGCUGGCUCUGACUCCUGCCCUGGGGGGGAAUGACGUCAGCACAGCGUGGGCAGGCAAGAGCAACGAUGCUGGGCUUUGCAGGCCAAACACGGAAAAGGAGGACUUUCUUAUAACCACAAUGCUCAGAAGUGGUGCGCCCUUGACCCGGCUUCCCAAUGACAAGCUUAAAGCGGUCAUACCUCCCUUCCUUCCUCCAUCCAACUUUGAACCAUGGAACUCGGACCGCUCGCGUCUCCUUGGGGAGGGAAAGAGCGAAGCGCCCCGCCUGCCCAUGCCACCCCAGAGGAAGCUGAACAGCAGUGGAAACUCAGAUAUUACGUCUAUCAGUCGCGUGGUUAGCAGGUCCAUUAAGUUUCCCAGCAUCCCCAAGGGGCCCUCCUCCUCCUCGCCUUCAAACUCUGGUCACUACCACUCUCCCCACUCCUCAGGAGGCUCCAACGGGGUCGCAGGGAUCAACCGGGACUCCCAUAACCGCUCAGGGGGCAGUGCAGACAGCGUUCUCUCCCAGAUAGCCGCCCAAAGGAAGAGGGCGGCUGGCCUGAUGGAUGCCAAGGCCCAGGCUCCGGAGAAACAGCCCAGCCAGACACAAAGUCAAACCUCAACGCCACCAUCGGCACAAGGCCUGCCGCUACCGGAUGUCAACCUGCCUGAGAUCCACUCCCACCCCAGCCUGGUGGCUCCCGACAUCCACUCGAGAAGGAAGAUGGAGUUGAAGAAGAGGCCGCAGUCUGGGAAUUCUUCCACAUCCAAGAGCACGUCUCCCACUUUGACGCCUUCUCCUUCCGCGACGCCCAAGCCCCCCACUGGGCCAGGAGACUCUCUGUCCUCGGCCUCUUCCCAUCCUCGCUCCAAGAGCAGCGGGGGCUCCAGCAGUGGAACCAUAACUGAUGAAGAUGAGCUGUCUGGUAUAUUGAAGAAACUGUCCCUCGAGAAGUACCAUCCAAUAUUUGAGGAACAGGAGGUGGACAUGGAGGCUUUCCUGACUCUAACAGAUGGAGACCUGAGGGAGCUUGGCAUUAAAACGGACGGACCCAGACAGCAGAUUUUAGCCGCCAUAUCAGAGCUCAAUGCUGGAAAGGUGCAUUUGAUUGAACAUGGCCGAGAGAGGCAGAUCCUUCAAGAGACCAUCCAUAACUUCCAGUCGUCCUUUGGCAGCAGCGCUAGUAACCAAAGACAAGCAGGUGAACCACGCUCACCAACAGGUUGGAUGAGACACCAGGUUCGUACCCCCAACAAAAGAUAACCCAGCAGCCCUGACGUCCACCAGGAAGUACCCCAAAGGCACACUCAAGUGUCCAGAUGCCAGUGACACGAGUCAUAAGGAGUCUACUACUGGCCUGUGUGCCAGAAGAUGCUGGAGCAACAAAGACCAGAUAAACCCUGAUACCCUGCCUUUGCAGAACCCUCCAGGAGCAAACUGCAUUAAAGUGAACCUCGGGUGGAUCCUAAAGGAGGCGAGCUGAGACAGUGCUGGCUCAGUCCAGUGCCCUGACGCUGACAGACCAAGCAUGUGAUGUGUGGCAAAUGCCGAUUUUUGUUUUUGCCCCCGAGACAAGGUUUUCACAUUCUGCUGCUAAUUCAGCGCAGAGGGUUCUGUAAGAGGAGGAUAUCAAAUACGUGGGAGACACUGCUAUUUUAUCCAAACAAAUGUGAAAGAUGCAGCAUAUGUAUUGUAUAAAUGCUACGGUAAGUCAGGAGAAAAGAAGAGGGCGAUAACAUUAUAGUAGCACACUAUAUAACAAUUAAAUGCAAUAAAACAGGUGUUUCAAUCAUA